AUGACCAAAGCAACUCGAAUGUCCACACCCGGUCUCCGUCAAGCCUGCGAUACCUGCCACUUCAAGAAGAUCCGCUGCCUUCGUGUCCCGGAAGCAGGUAAUGACGGGCCAUGUAAGAGAUGCAGCCGCGAGGGCAUCGCAUGCGUCUUCAGCCCAGCGUCGAAGACCGGCAGACCAAAGAAAGCUUCUGCUGCAGGCAUUAACUCCCGCCCCAUCUCAAGCUGGACUCCUAGACAGCCACCGGGAGAAUCCACAGAAAGUCCGUCAUACUGGCUGAAUCCCCCGUGGGACGACAUCGACGGCGGCACCGUCAGCGUCCCGUCUUCGCUAUGCUUCGACGAGUCCUUCCCGGAGCUGAACAACACCGACCAGCCAGAAGUCAUGGUCCUCAAGAGGUUCGAACAGCUGUCGGCCUUCCAAGGACAACUCGUCACGAAGAGGAGGGAACACUACCCCAUAUUUCAACGCCGAGGCAUCGAUGCGUCCCACGGCAUCCAGGAUUUGCUGGAUAUCACGCAGAAGGUGACCAAGUUCAGCACCUGGCUCAUGAUGGGCGGCGCCAAGUUCGCCUACCGCACGCCCAUGCUCAGCUCCAUGUCGGACGAGACCGCCCUGAUGAUGGUCAUGUCGCCGGCCACGCUCGUCCUGGACACCUUCGUCGACGUCCUCGAGAUGGCGUUUCCCUCGUUGAAGAGCAAAGACCCGGGCCCGGUGAGCUCGGCUGUUGCGACAGCGCCAGCGUCAGCUUCAGCCGUCUCGGACGACGGUCUUUUCGCAAUCGACCCGGAACUAUUGCUUUUGAAUCAAGCCCCGGCGGCGGCGGUCCUUCCAAAUGUGGAGAUCGUGAGAGACCUGGCGAACCCGGUGUGUAUAUACAUCCUCCUCACGUCGUUCCAAGAGCAGGUCGACGCGAUGCGUAGGGCGUUCGACAUGGCCCUGGGCGCGUUUCCUCGCAUGAAUUCGGCGGCAGGGGCGAAGGGCCUUCUCCCCGUCAUGAUGGAUGAGUAUUUGGAGAAGAUCAAGUUCGUUCAGGGGCACAUCACGCGGGCGAGUGGCGAUAAUCUGAUGAUUGGGAUGGAUUGA